AUGAUGGUGUUAAGGCACGGAGGGGGAGGCGGAGGUUUUCUUGCCGGGAAACAGGUGGUUCCGGUGGACUAUGAAGCGGAGGUCUCGCAGCGACUUUUAGAAGCGUCGCUGUCUAACGAUCUCAAAUCGGUAUACGAGUGCCUCGCCGAUCCGUUCGUUGACGUGAACUACGUUGGAGCUGUUUGUCUGAAGAUUCGCAAGACCGAGCUGAUUUUGCGCGAGGAAUUGCCGUGCGAAGUUCGCGUCUAUCGGGAGGAGUUUCGGACUGAUGUUACGGCAUUGUUUAUCGCGGUUCACAACGGAAAUGUGGUUCUCGCGAGGAAAUUACUGAGUGUCGGAGCUGACGUCAACCUGCAACUGUUUAGGGGAUUUGCAAUAACAGCAGCUGUGAGGGAGGGUCACCUUGAGAUCCUAGAGAUCUUACUUAAGGCUGGGGCAUCUCAGCCAGCUUGUGAGGAAGCACUGCUAGAGGCUAGCAUCCAUGGGUGUGUCAAAUUCGCGGAGAUGCUUAUGGGAUCUGAUCUUAUUCGACCCCAUAUUGCCAUUCAUGCUCUUGUCAUUGCAUCCUGUAGAGGUUUUGUGGACUUGGUGGAUGCUCUCUUGAAGUGUGGAGUGGAUAUGAAUGCAACAGAUCGUUUCUUGCUUCAAUCAUGUAAGCCUUGUCUGCAUACGAAUGUUGACUGUACUGCACUAGUGGCUGCUGUUGUCAGUAGGCAGAUUUCUUCUGUUCGUCUUCUGCUGGGGAGUAGGUGCAGGACUAGCAGAACCUUUCCCAUUACUUGGUGUGCUGUGGAAUAUUUUGAAUCAACUGGUGCUAUCUUGCACUUGCUCCUCCAAUAUAUCUCCCCCAACACUCCUCACUAUGGAAGAACUCUACUCCACCAUGCCAUUCUCUGUGGCAAUGUAGGAGCCACCAAGGUGCUUCUGAAAUGUGGUGCUCACAUAGAGACCCCAGUCAAAACCACUAGAAACAAUCAGUUUCGUCCAAUACAUAUGGCUUCCCGUCUUGGAAUGACAGAGAUUCUUCAGUGUUUAAUUGAUUCUGGCUGUGAUCUGAAUUCAAAAACAGAGAUUGGUGAAACAGCUUUAAUGAUCUGUGUCAAAUACAAGCAGGAAGAGUGCCUUAAAGUAUUGGCCAGGGAAGGUGCUGAUUUUGGAUUGGUUAAUUUAAGUGGCCAACCUGCAAGUUCUAUUGCUGGGUCCUGUGGGUGGUAUCUUGGCUUUCAACAAGCAUUGCUUGAUGUGAUUCGAAAUGGGACAGUGCCCACAUCCAGCAACAGUGUAUUUUCACCUCUACUAUUUGUAGCUCAAUCAGGAGAUGUUGUAGGCUUGAAAGCCCUGAUUGGACAGGGAGACAUUGACCUUGAUAAGCAGGAUGACAGAGGUUUCUCUGCGGUUAUGGUUACAGCGAAGGAGGGUCAUAUUGAUGCAUUCCGAUUGCUUGUUUAUGCUGGGGCUGAUGUAAAGCUCUGUAAUAAGUCUGGUGAAACUGCUAUUACACUGUCUAAACUGAGUCCAAAUAGAGAUCUCUUUGAAAAGGUGAUGCUUGAGUUUGCUCUUGAAAAGGGAAAUCGCAUUGCUGGAGGAUUUUAUGCCUUGCACUGUGCAGCUCGCCGGGGGGAUUUGGACGCGGUCAGGUUGUUGACAAGUAAGGGUUAUGAUGUCAAUGCUUCUGAUGGGGAUGGCUACACACCCCUCAUGCUGGCAGCGAGGGAGGGCCAUGGGAGCACGUGUGAGUUCCUGAUCUCUUUUGGAGCUCAAUGUGACAUAAAAAAUGCUAGAGGCGAAACUGCAUUAUCACUUGCGAAAAAUAAUGAACGGCAGAAUGAUGCUGAGAAUGUGAUCCUAAAUGCGCUAGCACGCAAGCUAGUGCUUGGUGGUUCGCCUGUGCGAAAGCACACCAAGGGAGGGAAAGGAGCUCCACAUGCAAAAAUUGUGCAAAUGGUGGGACAUACUGGAGUUUUACGUUGGGGAAACUCAAGGCGUCGCAAUGUCAUAUGCCGCGAGGCAGAAAUAGGACCAAGUUUAUGCUUUCAGAGAAAUAGGCAGAGGAAAGGUGAUGCCAUUGAACCUGGAAUUUUUCGAGUGAAGACAACAAAAGACAAGGAAGUGCAUUUUGUGUGUGAGGGUGGGGUUGAAAUGGCAGAGUUGUGGGUGCGUGGAAUAAGGAUUGUGACAAGAGAGGCUAUUUUAGUUAAUUAG